AUGUUAGUUGCAAAAAGCCUGAAGCUGUUUGCCUGGUGGUCAAGGGCGAACUUUUCAUCCAUCUCCUCACUGGAAAGUAUGGAAAGCAGUCUGUCCUCUUCUGGGGGCUUUGGUGCUGAUGGCAUAAAUCAGGAAGAUGAACAGCUGGGAGAUGAAUCAAAUAAAACAUUGAGAACAUGCAAGGAAAUAGCAUUUAGAAAAAAGUUGAAGAAGGAUGAGACCAAAGGAAGAGCACAGGUGUCCUACAUUAGUCAGGACUGUGAAGAAAUUCCAGAAUUCCUAGGAAGAAAAUAUGGACAUAUGGCAAAAAGGCUGGAUCUUAGCUUCAACUUGUUAAGGUCACUAGAAGGACUGAAAACAUUCAGUUACUUGGAAGAGCUGAUCUUGGACAACAAUCUGCUCGGAAAUGACCUUCUGUUACCCAGGUUACCCCACCUCCAUACCUUAACGCUCAACAAGAACCAAAUAUCAGAAUUAGAAAGCCUUUUGGACCAUUUGGCUGAAGUUGUGCCCUCACUACAGUAUCUCAGUUUGCUUGGAAACAUUGCUUGCCCAAAUGAACUGGUCUGCAAAGAGAAGGAUGAGGAUGACUACCAGAGAUACAGAUAUUUUGUCCUGCACAAGUUGACAAACCUGAAAUUUCUCGAUACUCGGAAAGUAACCAGGAGGGAGAGAGAGGAAGCCUUGAUUAGAGGUGCCUUCAUGAAAGUGGUGAAGCCCAAGGAUGCCAAGGUAGGAGAGUAAAUGUACUGAUAGUAACAAUAAUG